AAUAAAACUUAAGCUUUGAUUCUAAAAUCAACAAAAUUCAAAAUUCCCUUUCUGGUUAAACCAAACGAAUAAAUUCCAUUUCAAGGAUAUUUCCGUCUAGAGUAUGAGUAAGCCGAAUCAGCCCGAUCAGCAUACGUUGGCCAAUAAGCAGGUCCAUGCCAAAAAGAAGCCCAGAGCCCACGAUGAGGGCGAGGUGGCCAUCAGGGAACGGGGCAAGGAUCGGGACUCCUCCGGAUCGGAUAACGAAGGUGCGGCCGAUGAUGUGGAUCUCCAGCCCGUGUCGGUGGUAGAUGAUCCGAGUAUACUGCGUAUUGGAAUAAUGGCAGAUUCUGAAUUAACUUUGGGCUUCCUGUUAGCUGGCAUUGGUUAUCAUCGCGAAAAGUUUCGUAGCUACUUAAUGGUAGACUCAGACACUCCACAGGACGAGCUGGAGAACUUCUUCAACUCUCUUUAUAGAAAAAGCAACAUGGGCAUGGUCAUGAUCGACCACAACACUGCCAAGAGGCUAAAGAAUGUGAUUUCACGUUACCACCAAAUGCUCCCGAUCCUGUUGAUUGUCCCGACCAAGAACACUCUACUGGAAUAUCUGGACAAGAAGGACAAGAAGCGUAGAUUGCGCCAACGUGAUGCCUACUAGGACACAAGUCUAGAAAAGUAGUCUUUUUUAGGAACUAUUUGACAAAGUUUUAGAAAAUUAAAAUUUUAAAAUAGUUUGACUGAA